AUGAACUGGGUUAGCUCCUCGCUGGAGCUUGCGGGCUCGCUUCUCGAGUCUGUAGAUCAGCAAGCCGCUUUAACCCUAGCCGGUGGCGACGAGAAGGAGCACAAGGUUGAGCUGCUGGUGAGCCGGACAUCCGAUGAAAAUUCGUUCUCCAACGUUAAAAACAAAUUGCGGGAUGAUAGUACAGUGGAGAAGAUUCCAAUAUCGAUACAACAGGAUGGCUCCUCAAUUUCUGGCUCUAGCCAUUCCAAUAUGGCUGACAAUUCGACGAAUAGGAUACCUCUUGUAAAUUCUGGAAAGAAGCUGGCGGGUUUAGUGAGUGUUAUUUCUACGCAGUUGGAGAAUGUGUCGUCUGGAAGAGGAGAGGGCUCUCUAGAUAGUAGCAGCGCACAAUUGGUCUUGGCGGGAAACGAUUACGCUGGACUGCAGAAAGACCUAGUACGAGCGAAAAAUGAGCUACGGGCGAAGGAAAAACAGUUGAGCAAUACACAGAAGAGCAUGAAAAGCUGUGAGGAAGAAUUGUUGGCAUUGGAGAAGGAAUGCGAAGUAAAGAUUGCUCAGGUGCAGCACGAAAUGUCUAUCAUUCAGCAGGACAAGAAAUUGGAGGAGGCACAAUUUAUUCAAGCACUAGAAAUAAAAGAUAAACAAAUACGCGCAAUGAAGGCUGACGUCGCAGCCCUCACAGAAGUCAAUGUUCAAUACACCGAUGAGAUUGCUCUACUAAAGGUCGAGUUGGCAAAGGCGGUGGAGUCAAAGGACACGUUGUGGACAUCAGCUGCAUCGGCGAGUAAUGAAUCAGAGCACCUAGUUGAGUCUCUCCGCUCCGAGUUACAAGAAACGCUCACAGCUAUGACGAACCUUAAACGUGAAUAUGCGGAGUCCAAAAACAUUAUGUUCGCUCGCCAAGUGCAGCUGGAGAGCAUGAAUACGGAGCUUGUGAACAAUGUUGCAAAUCUCGAACGCGAGCUGGCGAAGACAAGAGAGACUGUCGCUCCAGAUUUUAGUACGAAAGCCAACGUUAGCUUUUCUCAUGUUGGUGCAGGCUCUAAUGUAGCGUCGAUGACUGAUGACUUCCGACGAGUGCAGCAGACAUUGACACUGACAAAAAAGUCUUUGCAAGAUGAGUCAAGAAAGAAUGAGUCGCAAAAACAAGAAAUUGCUGCUCUGACUGAAGAAAUACUUCGCCUCAAGCAAGUCGUCCAGACUGCUCAGGAAAGCAGUAUGCAAAAAUUAGAUGCAGCAUAUUCUGAGAACAAGAUGCUAAGGGGGCGGGUAGAUGAAUUGACCGCUCAUCACAGCACCAUUGCGGCGGGCGGUGGGGAGUCAAGAAUUCAGCAACUUACUAAUCGGUUAAUCAAGAAACAAGAGACAAUUGACUUGAUGCACAGUCGCGUGACGACGAUGGAUUUACGUCUUCAAGAUGUGAUGAAGCGGGCACAGCGAGCCGAAGAAAGACUUGCUCAAAUGGGCAUGGACGACAUGGAAAUGGCAUCGUUUUCACCGCGUGGUACGGGCGCUAGACGUGCUCGACCGUUGGCUGUUGUUCCUUGGUCGAGUGUAUCUCCAGGCUCCAUUUGCUCGCUUUGGGAUGCUCUGCUAUAUUUCACUGAUCCAUUGUUGGGUCUUCAUAAUUUUAAGCUUUCACACCAGUCAUCUAUCUGA